AUGGCUCAGCUUAUCGAAAAUAUCAUCAACCCGGACAUCGUGGGGUACAUCAGGAAGGAAAAGUUGGAAGCGAGGCUCAGAAUCGUCUUUGGUUACGACAUCAGAGUUCGCCAUGUCAACGAGCGCUUUGUAUUUGACGCUCCAAGGCUUGUCACUAGGGAUGAAAUCGAUGAUCUGCGCGAAAUUGACCGGGUGAACUGA